GUGCCGAGCCUCUGGGCCUCGUUAUCUCCCGGCGCCCGGCCGCCCGCCCGCAGUCCAGGCCGCCGCCAUGUCUUCCGGGGCCAGCGUGAGCGCCCUGCAGCGCCUGGUGGAGCAGCUCAAGCUGGAGGCCAGCGUGGAGAGGAUCAAGGUCUCUCAGGCAGCUGCAGAGCUUCAGCAAUACUGCAUGCAAAAUGCCUGCAAGGAUGCCCUGCUGGUAGGUAUUCCAACUGGAAGCAACCCCUUCCGGGAGCCCAGAUCCUGUGCUUUACUCUGAUGACAGUAGGGAAGAAGUUCACUGAGGAAUGCUUUCAAGCACAAAGUGGUGAAUGACUGCCUUCAAAUCUCAAGAAAACACUGCUCUAGCCAAAUGACUUUUAGAUAUUGCAAACCUUUCUCUUAGCCAGAAUUCUACAGAAAUGGAUGAGUUUCUACUCAAACGAGGAAACUGAGUGAAGGAGUAGAUCUUAAAUAAUAAUGGCCUCAUUCUUUUGGUGAAGUGCUUUAUAUUUAAGACAAACAAAAACCUAACCACCAAAUAAACCAAAAUACACCUCUUUCAUUAAGUGAAUUACUAGUGUUUCUAUACCUGGCGUGUUAUGUAUGUUUUAUAUACUGGAUGUUUACAUUUGGGGAAGGAAAACAGUUUUGUUUGUUAAAAAAUUGCCGAUUUGUAAUUUGUUAUUCCUAAGAUUUUUAUACCAAAACAAAAUUUGUUCUUUUCUCACGAAUUUACAAUUUCUCAACCAACUGUAAAACUGGGGGAAGAAUAGGCUUUGUUAAUCAGAUGAUGUCUUGGUUUUUCUAAAUGAGAAGAUGAUUUUAACACUAAGCGUGGGAACUGUUUCUUAGCACCCUGAUGGGAAAGACGAGUGUUGUGUUGUGCAUGAGGUUGCCCCAUCCUGUAAUGAAACAGAUUGGAUAUUUGUCUUAAGUUCCUCUACUUUAUAGAGGUGAUUGUACUUAAAAAAAAAAAUACUACAUUAUUUCAUGUUUUUAAAACAGUGUUAAAUGUGGUUUACAGAACAUUGCAAAUGAUUAAAAACAAAGUAACGUGAAAAUCUUGCCACCUAAAAGAAUUCUUAAUGUCACAAGUAUUUGAUGUGUUUUUGAUUUAAUUUGGGACAUUUUUAAAAGGAUACUUUAUUUGUGUUUGUAAUAAUCUUUGAAGAGCUUUGAAAUAAAAUUUCUCCUUAAUUCAUUGUUUUCUAUGACAGCAA